AUGAAGCGGAAGAGCGAGCGGCGGCCGAACUGGGCCGCCGCGCCCCCCUGCUCGCGGCGGUGCUCGUCCUCUCCGGGAGUGAAGAAGAGCCGCAGCUCCACGUCGCAGGAGCUGCACCACCUGGAUCGGCAGGACGAUCUGUACCUGGAUAUCACCGAUCGCCUUUGUUUUGCCAUUCUCUUCAGCAGACCAAAGAGUUCAUCAAAUGUACAUUAUUUCAGCAUAGAUAAUGAACUUGAAUAUGAAAACUUCUACGCAGAUUUUGGACCACUCAAUCUAGCAAUGGUUUACAGAUAUUGCUGCAAGAUAAAUAAGAAAUUAAAGUCCAUUACAAUGAUGAGGAAGAAAAUUAUACAUUUUACUGGCCCUGAUCAGAGAAAACAAGCAAAUGCUGCUUUCCUUGUUGGAUGUUAUAUGGUUAUAUAUUUGGGGAAAACUCCAGAAGAAGCAUAUAGAAUAUUAAUGUUUGGAGACGCAGCCUAUAUUCCUUUCAGAGAUGCUGCCUAUGGAAGUUGCAAUUUCUUCAUCACACUUCUUGACUGUUUUUAUGCAGUGAAGAAGGCAAUGCAGUAUGGCUUCUUUAAUUUCAACUCAUUUAACCUGGAUGAAUAUGAAUACUAUGAAAAAGCAGAAAAUGGAGAUUUAAAUUGGAUAAUACCAGACCGAUUUCUUGCCUUCUGUGGACCUCAUUCAAGAACCAGACUUGAAAGUGGUUACCAUCAGCAUUCUCCUGAGGCUUAUAUUCCAUAUUUUAAGAAUCACAACGUUACUACAGUUAUUCGUCUGAAUAAAAGGAUGUAUGAUGCCAAACGCUUUACAAAUGCCGGUUUCGAUCACUAUGAUCUUUUCUUUGCGGAUGGCAGCACCCCUACUGAUGCCAUCGUUAAAGAAUUUCUGGAUAUUUGUGAAAAUGCAGAGGGUGCCAUUGCAGUACAUUGUAAAGCUGGCCUUGGACGGACAGGCACUUUGAUAGCCUGCUACAUCAUGAAGCAUUACAGGAUGACAGCAACCGAGACCAUUGCUUGGGUCAGAAUCUGCAGACCUGGCUCGGUGAUUGGACCACAGCAGCAAUUUUUGAUGAUGAAACAGGCAAGCCUCUGGAUAGAAGGUGACUAUUUUCGUCAAAAGUUGAGGGGUCAGGAGAAUGGAAAACACAGGGCGGCUGUCUCAAAACUCCUUUUGGCUGUGGAUGACAUUUCAAUCAAUGGGGUCGAGAAUCAAGACAAGCAAGAACCUGAACUGUACAGUGAUGACGACGAAAUCAAUGGAGUGACACAAGGUGAUAGACUUCGGGCCCUGAAAAGCAGAAGACAGUCAAAAACAAACGCUAUUCCUCUCACAGUAAUUCUUCAGUCCAGUGUUCAGAGCUGUAAAACAUCUGAACCUAACAUUUCUGGCAGUGCAGGCAUUACUAAAAGAACCACCAGAUCUGCUUCAAGAAAAAGCAGUUUUAAAAGUCCCUCCAUUUCAAGGACUAAAACAGUCUUGCGUUAA